GCCUAUUUAAGCAGCAAACCAGUCUACACCAAUACUGCCCUCAGCGCUUGUCAAAAGCCGGUUUUUGCCCAGUAUCGAAUAUGUUGUAGCACGUUCUCGUGUGCUACUACACUGUAAACUAAAGUGCAUUUGUUAUCCGUCGUAUAAGCAUAUCUAUUCUUGAAUUAGCGGUGUUGUUAGUCGGUCAGUUAUCGAUCAAGCCCUCCGCCCUGCACAGCUCAUUGAAAGGACACCGAUCGGGAUUGUUUGUGUCUACAGAUGUUUCGUCUAUUAUAAUGCAAGAUGCAUGCUGAUGCUCGGAAGUGGCUGCUCGACUGCGUAGUACCCGUCCUUGUAACCUCGUCCACCUACUGAAAAUAAUCGUAAACAUCUGAAAACCGUUGAUAUUUUGGGGUGAAGAAUGACUGAAUAUAAGCUUGUGGUGGUAGGGGCUGGAGGCGUGGGCAAGAGCGCUCUCACCAUCCAACUCAUCCAGAACCACUUUGUGGAUGAAUACGACCCAACCAUAGAGGACUCCUACAGAAAGCAGGUGGUGAUUGAUGGGGAGACGUGUCUAUUGGACAUCUUGGACACUGCAGGUCAGGAGGAGUACAGCGCCAUGAGGGAUCAGUACAUGAGGACAGGAGAGGGCUUCCUCUGUGUCUUCGCCAUCAAUAACACCAAGUCCUUUGAGGACAUUCACCACUACAGAGAGCAGAUAAAGCGAGUAAAGGACUCUGAGGAUGUCCCCAUGGUCCUGGUGGGGAAUAAGUGUGAUCUUCCGUCCCGCAGUGUGGACACCAAGCAGGCUCAGGAUUUAGCACGUAGCUACGGCAUCCCGUUUAUAGAGACCUCAGCAAAGACGAGACAGAGAGUGGAAGAUGCCUUUUAUACUCUGGUACGGGAAAUCAGGCAAUACCGGCUGAAAAAGCUCAGUAAAGAAGAAAAGACGACACAAUGCAUCAAGCUUAAAAAAUGUGUUUUGAUGGGCGUGGACGACGCGUUUUAUACUUUAGUCCGAGAAAUCCGGAAGCACAAGGAGAAGAUGAGCAAGGAGGGCAAGAAGAAAAAGAAGAAAUCCAAAUCAAAAUGUGUAUUAAUGUGAACAAGCCUUUCCUGUCAUUAUAGACUCAAAAGCAAACAAAAAAAAAGGUUUCACAACUGCAUUUUGUACAUUACACUAAAUUAUUAGCCUGUUCAAAAUACAGAAUGCAUCCUUCUUAAAAGAAAUAAGCUUUACUUCUCGUUCGGUGGCCAGUUGCUCCGAAGUGUUGGUCUCUUGACACCUUUCUGGCUUAUUUUACUGGGUGGGCUGUCAGAACUGGUUUUAUUUUGCAGUUGGUUUAUCUAGAGUAGUUUUAGCAGAUUUAUAAGGAAAGGUGUGGACAUGAAAACAUGGUUUUAGUGUGAUGUAUGAGAGAGAACUAGCCGUGUAGCUGCAUGUGAGUCACUUGAUUUUACAGGAACUGAAACUUUGAGGAAUCAUAUUUUAGGAUCAACACUUUCAGGUGGCGUUUUGAUACUUUAUCACUGUGUAUGACCCUGGCUUUGGAUGUCCCAGACUUCCAAAAACAACCUGCAUGUGAACUUCCACUGUAGUCGGAUUAACGCGCCCUCUCUCGAAAGCCAUGGUAAUGUGUGGUGAAAUCCUGUAUGCAUGCUGUGUUCUGUUCUUUAGACUUCCAGGGAACGGUAAUGCGUUGAAUGCGGUAUAAUAGCCACUGUGGUGUAGAAUGGAUUUUCUCAGUCGGUCCGAACAGGUGCUAUCAUUUCAACACGGCCAUUGUUCAUUCUUCUGAUAUUUUCAGUUAAAUUCAUGAGGGUUUAUAUAAAAGUCAAAAUCUGCUAAGAGGUGACAUCAUGUAAAAAUGUAUUGUUUUCAUUAAACAACAAAAUUAAAUGUAAAAUGCUUGCACGCCCUGAACCUCUGCAGGCUUUUUUUGAUCAAAUUUGUUUUAUUCUCUUAUAAAUCAUAAAAUAUUUUAUUUAAACCUAAGAAAAUACAGAUCCUGUUGUAAAUAAUAUUGAAAAAUCACUAGCCCUAAGCAGAUUUUGACUUAAAAAUAUAAAGCUGCAGUUGACCAAUCACAGUCAAGUAUUCCAGAGAGUGUUUGGAAUCUCUCCUCUGUAAGUAUCUACAUUAGCGAAAGCCUCACUUCUGCACUCAGAGGAGGAUUUUUACUGCAUAUGAAUAUUUACCCUCUUGUGCCCAGCCAAACAGCACCUUAGAAGGCUGAUUUUUUUUUAUUAUUGUAAUUUUUAUUUUUUGCGCUAAAUUUUGAUUAGUGAAUAUAACCUACUGUACCACUAGUUAUUUGGAUGCAAAUGUAUGUAGAAAAGGAACCAAACAAAUGCCUUGUUCAUUUAUGCUGCCAUCAACCAUCGAGACGUUCUGGUUCUAGAAGCCCCAAGACGCAGUCUAGUAUACUAUGGCAAAAUGUGGCUAGCUUGGUUCUGAAGGGCAAAUUUUCAGCCAUCACUCAAACCAAAGAGAGUGAUAUAAAGGUUUAUUUUGUGAUGUCAUGAGAUGAUGUCAUUUAUAGGAGAUUUACAAUGUGCGAGCAAGAUGUUGCAUGACCAGUUUGCUUUUGAUAAUUGUUUCUAUAUUGCUGUUCGACUAAUACAGAGAAAUCUAAACCGGAAAUAAAUCAGGAUGUCUGCUCAUAUGCAAAGUUAAGUGUUUUGGUUAUUUUCUGUUCCCUUUAAAAUCAUUUACUAGCCGUCUGUAACGCGAGUAGCAAAGUCAUUAGAUAUUUUUGGAAUAGUUUCUGUUCUGUCUCUUGGUGUGCCAAUUGCAAAUGUUGAAAAGAGGGUUCACAUAUACAUAGACCUUGUUUUAACAGCCUUUGUACGGUUGUGAUAAGAAAUGAAUAUUUUGUAAAUUGUGCUUUUUUUUUGUUUAAUGAAUUGAAUGACACUUAAUUGUAAUUAAGGGUCAUGUGUUAACGUCUAUGAGAAAGUGCUGAUCUGAGGUCGUCUUUCACAUCGUUCAUGUUUAGGUGAAUGUGAUUAUUAGAAUGAAGGAAGUUGUUCUCAGAUCUGCACGCUUUUAUAAAUGCAACCCAAUCCUGUUUUUCCCCAUUAACCUCACCAGUCUUAUUUAAUGUGUAAUUAAAAGAAGUUCAUAAAACCCA